AAAAGAAUUUGACUGUGUCAUCAGUGACGAUCUUGAUUAAGUGAUAUUGUAUGAUUAAAACUUGGUGCAAAAUAGUAAAAGAAAGAUACGAUAGUUCUGUUCUUUGAAAGCUAAUUCACCCAACUGCAGUGAAGUGCAUAAGCUAGUGUGUCUAUGAGUGAGUGAAUGUGUGUAUGUGGGUGUAAGGGUGUGUCAGUUUAGUAUGGAAAUAGCGAGUGUGAUGGAUAACAUGAUGAAAACCAGCAUGGGACUUCAUGACGACCGAUCGAGUCGAAACAGUAACAGCAGCAGUUCCGGUUCCCCCACGGUAGUGCACGAGAAAAAGAAAAUGCUAGAUAUAACGCGAGACAGACCCAUCAAAAUAGCAGUGCGAGUACAAGUCCCGGUCCGAGAUCAUCCAAAGUUCAACUUUGUCGGCAAACUGCUCGGCCCGAAGGGAAACUCGCUCAAGCGACUGCAGGAAGAAACGAUGUGCAAAAUGGCGGUCCUGGGCAAGGGAUCGAUGCGCGACCGAAAGAAGGAAGAGGAGCUGCGGCUCAGCGGUGAUCCCCGGUACGCCCAUCUGUCCGAGGAUCUGCACGUGGAAAUCUCAACCUACACCGCACCGGCGGAAGCGCACGCUCGUAUCGCGUAUGCCCUGGCGGAAGUGCGCCGGUUUCUGGUUCCGGACUACCACGAUGACAUACGACAGGAGCAAAUGUGGGAAAUGCAGGCAUUAAAUUCACAAAACGCAACCUGUAAUCUAGGCUCAGCGCACGAUAACACACUGAACGGUGGCAAUGGGCUCACCGCCAACGGCAUGAGCAUUAGCAGCAGCGGAAGCAGCUGCAGCACCGGAAGCACCGGAAGCACCACGAACGGAACCAUGCCAACGAACGGUGGUCCGCUCAGCAAUGGGACGGGGCUGAACGGUGUGGUCAGUGCUGCCCAGGUCGUCCCGAACGGUGUGGCCGGGCUGGGAACCGGAACUAAUCCCUCGGCGUCGGUCCCGGGCGUUGGUUCUGAGCUGAGCACAAACGGCAGCACGCAACCAUCGUCCGUCGUGUCGGAACUGCAGCAUGUGACGAGCUCGCUGACGCACCACCAACACCACCAUAGUCAGCAGCAGCAGCAGCAGCAACAACAGCACUCACAGCAGCAGCAACAGCAUCAGUCUCAGCACCAUCAGCAGCAACAGCAACAACAGCAGCAGCAGCAGCAGCAGCAACACCAACAAUCGCAGAACCAGUUCCUGUCGAACGAUCCGGACAUAGGCAGCCUCUUGCAACCGAUGGACGUGAACAUGGCGUCCGCAAAUCAUUUUGUGAAUUCCAUACCUACGAGUGACCUGGAAGCGCAAACGUUGGCAUUCGUCGAAUCGGCCAAUGCAUUCCUGCAUCCGGCAUUGCGCGGCGUGAAAGCGGUUAGCUUAGCACGCAAGCGACCCCUGCUGGGUGGACCCCGGUCGACCAUGAACCCCACCAAGCGCACCGUGAUGACGCUGAUUGCACGUGCACGCACCGCACAGGCCCUGCACGGUUCCCGGACGGCUCAACCGAUCGGCGAACCGAUACAGGUGAUCACUUCGCCGCUAAUUCUACAACCGCCGUUGGAUUUGCUGCAGCCCAAUGCAGGCGCGGGCAUGGCCAAAGAAAACAUUCUGCAAGGCGCAUAAACUGCGCAGGCGGCCGACACUCACACCGCUGACAAGGCAUCAAAGCAAAGUUUCUACUAAUCAUUGUCCUAGUCACAAUGCCACUGGCAUCAUUAAAACACAGCAACACACCCAGGAAUACCACAAACCAUUGCCACCAUCCAGGAAUACAUGUACCAGAUCGACGACACAGCGGUUUCACAUUGCGAAUACACAAAUUACAUGAAAUAACAAAGCCGUAAGUAAAUUACUAUAUUUAAACGAAGGAAUCCAAAACCAGACUGCACAAAGACGCAACAGAAAGCGAGUUAAACGGCUAUUAUGUUAAGUUUUCAAAGUGACAUUAUAUCAUGCAAUAUCAGUUGACCAAGAACAUUCAACGUGUGAAAAAGAUUUGAGACAACCAAUGAAUGCACAUCGGCAACCCUCCCUAAACUCAAUGCACACACUGUAGCGAGUUCACUACUGAUUGAAACAACGAGAACCAAAAGCAAGCAUAGCAACUAAGCUUUACUGAACGAUAUGAUGAUGAUGAUGUCCCAGGAAUGUAAAUUUUAAACAUAUUAACACACACAGCAUUGCAUGGAUGCCGCUUUCCUCACUGGAUACGUCUCGAGUGAUACACAUAUAUUUAUACAUUUUGUUGUACAUAUUGUUCGUUACAAUGAUAAAGUUAUCGCUCCCCCCAUACUACCAGCUCGUUGAACACGUUUUGUAUGACUUAGAACAAGUUUUGUAUGACAUAUUUUAAACACUUAACAUGGAUUUGCAUUUAAACGAAUAAAACAUAAAGCAUGCGCCAGUUCGGCAUUGAUGGCAAAGUUUUAUGAAAAUAAAAGAAGGAUCGAAGUAAAUAAUUUUUAAUGAUGUAGUAGCAAAACACUAGAGGCUAGCAAAUUAAUGGCCGUCAUCGUACAAACAAAACAUAUUCAAAUAAUUUUUGUAAUACAAGUCUAGCUAAUUUAUCGAUCGCAAUCAUAUUUAUUGAGUGCUAUUCUAUUCUAUUCAUUUUCAAAAUACAUGAAAAUUGGAGUUUGGAUUACAUUAAUAAACUUUUUUCUGUUCUCAAUUAACGUUACACUAUUGACAGGGAGACCCCACCUAUCCCACCCAUAUACAGAACAAUGUCUAUUUUGUCUAACUUUGUUAAAGAUUAAUAAAUAGCUAUUUUUCAAAUAGAACAUACUAUCCAAAUAAAUUACCGAAUUACUACUAAUAAAUCGUUUUGAUUACUUUUACCAAAACUUCAAAUCAACUUUUUAUUUUUCGAAUAAAUUACCUAUUUGAUAAAACAAACAAAUCUGAUGAAAAAUAUAAUAAUAUGAGUAUUUUUAAAGUUAUGUCAAAUAUUAGGUUACUAACAUUUAAUAAGGUGCUCCACGUAUCAUCUUAAAAUGUGUUUGAAAAAUAGAUUUGUUUUAAAUCAUUAUUUUACAGUAAGUAUAGAGUUUCAAACAAAAAUAUUAGUUUCGUUACUAAUUUUACGAGUUAAAGAAGUUUUAUUUAUCUUUCUUACAAUUCACACCCCCGUACACUGUCGGUUUAUCGAUAAGGUCAAGUUAGUAUUUACAAUAACAACAACAAAACACAUGAAUGCCAAGACCUGUAACAAAAAUAAUUGAUCACGUAACUCGCUUUGCAAAAAAAAUAACAACAAAAAACAAAACAUCUUAACAACCUGUGCCAUUAAUUAACACAAACACUCUAAACAACAAAACAAAAAUUGAAUCACUAGAAAGCUUGCAUAAUUGACACCCGUUUGAACGACACCUUAUAAAGAACACUAAAAUAAAAAUGAAAAUAACUUUAACUGAAAUGUCCCUCUAAAACAUAUGUGUAUAUUUGUGUGUGUGUGUUAUCGAUGGAACUGUCGUAGUAGUAAACUAACUAAAAAAACGCAACCAAAUUACAUGCAUGCCUGUCGUUUAAAAUCUGUCUCGAAUAAAUUCAGCUCUGGUGAAGUUAAAACUGUGUAGCAUAUAGGCAAGAGUAACAUUUCUGCCCUCCGUGGCUAGCUAAUUAAGUGAAUGCGUAGUUUAAUUGAAAACAUGCAAACAUGUGUCGUGCGAUUAAAUUUUAAAACACUACCUUGGCGGGCAGUUUACAGUAACAAACUACUAAAUAAAUCUCUCAAUGUCGCAACAAUAAACCAAAGAACAAGUUAAAUUAUUGAACCUCAUGAUGAUUAUAACACGCCGGAAGGAAAAGGGUCAUAGAUAAUGGUCAUGACUUGCAGUAUGGUACCAAAGCAUAGUCAGCUGAACGAAGCGUAACAUAGGGCCAUACUUAAAUGGGAAGGCCCAAAAACCAGGACAAACGCACCGGUAAAUCGUAACAACCAACACUAAACGACGCAUCUAAAUGCUAAAUAACUCAACAUUUCCGAUCGCAAACUUUAAACUAGUCGCGUAAAUAUUUAAAUUUAAAUGUCAAUUAUCGUUAAGCAAACCAUACAAACCUGUGUCCUGUAAACAUCACUCUAUGCAACGAUUUGCACGCGUGCGGAGUAAUUUAAAAUAAUAAAAAAAAGCAACAUACACUUAACCAAAUGACCACAGCGUACGGGAAAGGGCAAAACAGAUCUAGUGGAUGCACUUUUAAUACCUUGACAUGCACAGUUAAAUUGAAAUUUUAGCCUCCAGCUCUAAUGCAGGUUAAAAUGCAGCACCAGAACAAACAAAAGCGGUAUAAAUAAAACAUAAGUUGAUCUUGCUUAACACAGAAAACCGGCCCACAAGGCAAAGCUAAGAUAGCGAACCACACGAUAAACUAGAACAACUCUUCAUAUGUAUGUUUGUGUAUGUGUACGUGUACGUGUAAGUGUACUACAUGUAAGCAUUAAUAAACAAAGCAACAUCCAUUGCGACGACGCAGGUCUGGGUGCUGUGUAAAACGGUAACGAGAAAGGCGCAUAAAACAAAAGCUCCAGAACACUUCAUUAAAAUGUCCUAUUUGGUGCAACAAUGAGAUCACAGUUUUGCUAAACGGUUUGAGAUGACGAUGAUUAAAGAAACAAUACACACAGCCAAAGCCCGGUUCCAGAUGGGACCGCACACUGUACCACGAUGCUUCCCCACAGGUGUUUUCCAUCGGAUACAAAAUGUCGAUACAAGUUUUGGAGCGUUUUAUAGUGGGAAAUGAGCGAGAAUGGUAGAAUUUCGUGUGUGGAAAGCAUUCGAACAGCGUGAGGAAAUUCAACGGUGAAUCCAGUUUUAAUUUAGUUUUAAAAGAAUCACACAAUUACACCGCUGAGUUUCGAAAUCGAAUAAAAGAAAGUCACGUAUUCCCAUCCCAAACUGCUUGUGAUGGAGAAGCGGAACAGUUGAAACCGUGCAUCGGUACAUGAUGUGAUGGGAAGCAGUCAAGACGAAAAGAGAGGAAAGGACGAGAAACGCGCGCAAAAACAAAUGUAAGCUUAAACCAAUAAUUACGACGGAAGUGAGUUUUCCCAAAAUAAAUGAAGCACUUUCGAAUGAGACCAGUAAGCAGCAACAGUA